AUGGCAGUUGCUAUGAGGUUCAGAGAGUAUCUGAGCCCUGGUGGCAGUUCACAGGGAGAGCGAAAACUGGUUCAGAAGCUCGACUUCUUUAUCUUGACGUUUUGCUGUCUAAUGUACUUUUUAAACUAUCUCGAUCGUAGCAACCUCACCAAUGCAUACGUUAGUGGUAUGAAAGAGGACCUUAAUUUCAAGGGCAAUCAGCUCACACAGAUCAAUACUGUUUUCACUGUCGGAUAUGUCAUUGGUCAGAUUCCAAGCAAUCUUGCCUUGUACUACAUUAAACCUCGUAUCUUCUUUCCCUCGAUGCUGCUCGUCUGGGGUGCAUUGACUAUGGUCACGGCUGGCACCCACAACCCUCAAUCGAUUAUGGCCAUCCGCUUCUUCCAAGCAUUAGCAGAAUCGAGCACCUUUGUCGGAACACACUACAUUCUGGGAGCCUGGUAUACCGAACGCGAACUCGGAAAACGUAGUGGUAUCUUUACGGCAUCUGGUCUCGCUGGUACUAUGAUCGGAGGUUUCAUCCAAACUGGCAUCCACUCUUCUAUGGACGGCCUGCAAGGACUAGCUGGCUGGAGAUGGCUGUUCAUUGUGGAUGGGCUCAUCUGUAUACCCGUUGCUGUCUAUGGCUUCCUCUUGUUUCCUGACACUCCGCAAACGACCAGCGUGCCAUAUCUCUCUGAAGCCGAACGUGAGCUUGCCCGCUCUCGUGUGCCUCUUCAUGUCCAACGCACGCCUUUCAACUGGGCUUUCGUCAAGCGAGUUUUCGGCUCUUGGUAUUUUUACGGCUUUGUCAUAUUAUGGAUCAUUGCUGGUGAAACCGAAUCAUUCUCUUCAAACUCACUGCUCGCUUUAUACAUGAAGGCACACCCGGAGCGCGGAUACACAAUCUCGCAACUCAACAACUAUCCCACCGGAGUUCCUGCAGUCGGUAUUGUAUCCACAAUCUUCUGGGCUACGCUCACAGAUUUCCUGGGCGGCAAGAGAUAUCUUGUUGGGUAUUGGAUUGGCAUUACUGGUGUCAUCACGUCAGCAAUGAUUCUUGCGCCUUCUGCCACCACUGCCUCGACAUUUGCGGCCUACUACUGGGCUGGCUCUGUCUAUGCUUGUGAGUUGCUCUUGCUUCCUCGUGCUUUACGACUUACUGACGUAAUUUUGCAGGCCANNAGCAAUAUUUUUGCCUGGGCGAACGACGCCCUUCGCUACGAAGAAGACAGCCUUCGUGCCGUAGUGAUUGCGUCUAUGAACUGCGGGUCUGGCGCGAUUAAUGCCUGGUGGAGCAUUGUCUUCUACUCUGCAGACUUUGCACCUAAGUUUACUCGAGGUAUGUGGGCGAUGAUCGGCUGUUCCAUCGCCUUGGCUAUCUGGACAGCAGGAGUCACUUGGAUGUGCGCAAGGACAGAGAAGAAGAGAAUCAGUCAGGGUGUAGUGGCUUACAAUGGUGAUGCGGGAGACGAAGUUAUCAGUGUGGAUGGAAACAAUACCGAAAAAGCUUGA